AUGGGCAUACCGAGACCGUACAGCAGCUUUCUCAUUGUUAAACGCGUCGAUCCAAAUGUAAAAGAUGUCAAGGAUACUACACCCCUUCAUCUCGUCAUGAAGCUUGGAAAUAUCGCCAUGAAGCAGCUUAUUGUCAUAGACGCGGUGGACCCGGAAUGGAGACAUAAUCGCGGAUAUGAAGCCCUGCUAAUAGCGACACGAUACCCAUACUUCGAGGCAGCUGAGCUCUUAUUCUCCAUGAGACGCAUGCAGAUUGACCCGAGUUCUGGGAGGGGACCGACAAAAUUACAUAUGGCUACUCUUGAGGGCUAUAGGGAGAUCGUCAAGUCUUCAAGACAACGAAGUAGAGGUAUUGCUAUUAAGAGCAAGCGUAAUGAAACCUGA